UAUGAUGAGCGUAUUGAUCGUGUUGAAACCCGAAUCACUGCUCGUCUUCGAGAUCUUCUUGGGACCGCCAGAAAUGCGAAUGAAAUGUUCCGUUAUUUCUCUCGCUUUAAUGCCCUCUUCGUUCGACCUCAUAUACGUGGGGCCAUUCGCGAAUAUCAGACUCAAUUGAUUCAACGAGUCAAAGAUGAUAUUGAAGCAUUACAUGCUAAAUUUAAGGUUGGAUACCUUCAGAGCAGUGCUUAUCACAUGACUAAAGUCAGAGAUCUGCCUCCCGUCGCUGGCUCGAUUAUUUGGGCGCGACAGAUUGAGCGCCAGUUGAAUACAUAUUUGAGACGUAAAGGCUGGGAACAUCAUCGAGAGGGUCAAUUACUGAAAGCUGAAGGUGACAGCUUCAAGGCCAAACUCAACGCUGCUGAGCUUUUUGAAGACUGGUCAAGAAAAGUACAACAAAAACAAAUAUUCGUGUUUGGACGCAUUUUUGGCAUUGAACCGACACGAGCCAAAGUUGCAACGAAAGAUGGAGAAACGCAAACUAUGACUUUGCUUAAAUUGAAGGUCAAUUUUCAGCUUGAGUUAAUAACUCUAGCUAAAGAAUCUUGGGGAUCUAAUUAA